ACUGUGAUUCUCUAUAACUAAACAAACGAAACACACGUGUGUUUAUUCAAAAUGCACUAAUUAUUAAAGGAAUUGUUAAUUAUUUAUAUUAUUAACAAUGGAAGUUGCAUUUAAAAAGGUAGUUGAACACAUUUUCAACAAUUGGUCGGCGUUGCAACUUGCUGUUGAUCAUUCAAUGGGAGGACCAAACAGUAAACAAAUUGCUAUUAGUACAGUUGACUACCUUGUAAAUUACUUAACAAGUGAAAAUGGCUUUGAAGUUGAAGACAUUGAAGAUGUCCUGGAAGAAAUCAUGGAUCAAGAAUUCAACACUGUCUGUGAAGAUGACUCAAUUAGAGGUAAAAUAUUCACUUAUUUUAAUAAUUCCCUAGAAAAUACCAUCAAAUAUCUAAUUUUAGAAGUAUCUUCCCUCAUGUUAAAAUUCCUGAAUCUAAUAAAAGAAGGUAAAAUGCAAGAAGUUGAAAUAGAAUAUAACAAAUUGCCACCUGGCACACAAUGGUUAUCAAAAGCACAAUGUGUUCAACAGACACAACCUGAAGAAUCAGGUGAAUCUUCAUCAGCUUCACAUUCACAAGAUGAAAAUGAUCAACAAAAUGUUGAUGUGCCAAUGGAAGAAGUGAAUGAUGGUUGGACACAAGUAAAGUCCAAGAAACGACAUUAGAUUAAUUCGUUAAACAUAUUUAUUUAAUAAAAUCUCAUGGUGAGUAACACAGAACUACUCAGCAAUGAAUAUAAAUACUUUUAAGUUUAAUAAAACUGAUCGAUAUCUUCCGGA